AUGAACUCCACAGCACCUUCGGAUACGUCUGGGAUGGACGUCCUGGGGAUGAACAUUUCAAACCCAGGUUCUCACUUGACCGCGUCUCACCACGCACACCCUUACGCUUCUUCGAUCUCCUCCUCCGCCUCAUCCUCUUCCUCUUCCGUCUUCUCUCUCGAUUGCGUCUCCUCCAGUUCGAUCUCUUCGACAUCGACCAACCCGGUUGACGUGAUUUGGGAGAAUGAGGGACAAGGAAGAAAUACCGGAGCUCUUCCCCGGGCUAUGCCCAAGGGUCUGGCUCCCAAGGCGGACGGUGUAGUGCCAUCCGAGCUGCGCACGCAUCCUCGGCGCACUAACAGUUAUGCUUCUAGCGCCCCAAGUGCGCGCCCUCCACCCUGUCUGCUUCGGCAGUCAGAACGGAAGGUGAACUUCGUCGAUAACCUCGUCGACACCGCAUCACAGAUCGUGGAGACCAUUUGGCCCCUCUCCGCAGCGGCAUCCCGCAGUGAUGCCGCGACCGGAUCUAAAGGGGUUCUUCCCCUCCGCACUUUUAUCCAAGAAACACUUCGCCGGUCGCGUACCAGCUAUAGUACCUUGCAAGUGGCUUUGUUUUAUUUGAUUAAAAUCAAACCCCACGUUCCCACGCAUGACUUCACUAAGGAGCAGCCCCGGGAUCAGUCGCUCUUGCGGGCGAUGCAGUGUGGGCGCCGCAUGUUCCUGGCGGCACUAAUCCUAGCAUCUAAGUAUCUGCAGGACCGCAACUAUUCUGCUCGGGCAUGGAGCAAGAUUUCUGGCCUCAACACGCUUGAGAUCAACCAGAACGAACUCAUGUUCUUGAAGGCUGUCGGAUGGCGCUUGCACAUUGACGAAGCGACUUUCCAACGCUGGACAGAUCUGGUCUUGAAGCUGACCCCCGGUGCCGGUGGUGCGGCUGCUGAAGGUCAGUGCUGGCAGACCGUCCUUCCCAGACUCACUCCUGAACUGGACUUGGUAGAGUCCGAGCCCAGAACCCCGGUCUCGGCAAUGGGCGGAAUGGAGCUUGGUCUGUCGGAGUCUCCAUCACCCCGGAGCAUGCCAAGCAAUGAGUCGAUUCGUUUGCGGGAACAGCCUCCCACUUGUGGUCGGGGUCUGCCCCGAACCAUGGAGCCGACCCCGCGCAUGGAUUACUCCAGCCUGGCUAUGCCGGGUAUGCCGCGCCCAACGAUGCUUCCUACGCCUCAGAUGACCCCUCAGUCCCAGAUGGCGUCUACUCCUGCUGCGAGUAUGGCUGCCUACACCCGCCGUCCUUCCAUCUGCUCGGCUAUGUCCCAGGCGCAGAACGUGUGCAUGGCGCGAUCAACUCUCGAUCAGCGCCCGCCUAUGUCAUUCUGCCCCCGGACACAGUCUUUCGAUGGUUACCCGUCUGCGGUCCGUCGAUCAUCUUUGGCUCGGUCGACCUCAUCAGCGUCAUCGCCCGACUCCAUGGUAUCGGAUGUUUCUACUUUGUCGUCUCGCUCCUCGCGGUCGUCAUCCGUCUCAUCCAACGCUUCAGGAAGCUGUGGCUCAGCUCCUGCUCGCUUGGCCGUCAAGGCUACCCUGCGAUGCACCAGCAACUCUCUCAAGGAGUCCCGGAAGACUCUGGCCAUCGCCUCUCCUAUUGACGAGAGUUCCCUGGUCGGCGUCUACAGUUCUCCCGAGUACCCAAGCUCCAUGACCUCUUCCGUCCCAGACCUUUCCAACUUCUCCCUGGAUUCCAGCCUGAGCGAAGCUGCCCAGAGUCUCUGCGAGCUAUCCGGCGCGACGCCCGAGCGGCGCCAGUGCCGCAAGCGUGGCCGCACAGGAUCUGACGAUCUUCUGCUCCAAAACCAUGUGCGUCAGCUGAUCAACCUCGCCCCCAGCGAGUCCUCAGUGUUGCCUGAUGGACAGUUCCCGCACUCGUUCAUGACUCACACAAACCCCCACGCGCCCGCGCGGAACGGCCCAGUCUCCGGACCAGCCGGGAUGAAGCGCGCCUGCUGUGGCAGUGAAGCGCGCAAGGUCGCUCUCAACCCUAGCCUCCGUGUCGCGGAGUACUUGAAUUGA